AGAUUUGAUUUCAAUCUCUCUCUCCCUCGCUCGUAUCUGCCACAGGGACUAAACCAUAAAGGGUUGCAGAGGAUCGUAAAGCACAGGAAGAAGGAGACAGAGAGUUUAGUGUUUGAUAGAUGGACGCUAUCAGAAAACAAGCUACGAAGCUCAGAGAACAAGUAGCGAGACAGCAGCAGGCUGUCCUGAGACAAUUCGGGGCAGGAGGGUAUGGAGGUUCAGACACUGUAAUAACCGAUGAGGCAGAGUUACAGCAGCACCAUAAACUCGAGAAGCUUUACAUCUCAACACGUGCUGCCAAGCAUUUUCAAAGGGAUAUCGUGCGAGGUGUGGAAGGCUAUAUUGUGACGGGAUCCAAACAAGUCGAGAUAGGAACGAAGUUAUCAGAGGAUAGUAGGAAAUACGGCUCUGAAAACACAUGUACAAGCAGUACUACACUAACAAGGGCUUCACUAAACUUUUCUCGAGCUCAGGCUCAAAUGGAGAAGGAGCGGGGGAAUCUCUUAAAGGCUCUCGGCACCCAGGUUGCUGAGCCCUUAAGGGCAAUGGUGAUGGGAGCUCCACUGGAGGAUGCUCGUCAUUUGGCACAGCGUUAUGACCGGAUGCGCCAAGAAGCUGAAGCUCAGACCAUCGAAGUAUCAAAACGCCAAGCUAAGGUUAGAGAAAAUCCCGGGAAUCCUGAACUAGUAAUGAAACUGGAAUCUGCUGAAGCAAAACUACAAGACCUUAAAUCAAAUAUGACAACACUGGGGAAGGAAGCGUCUUUUGCAAUGGCUGCAGUUGAAACUCAACAGCAAAGGCAGACUCUUCAGAGGCUGAUAACUUUGGUUGAAGCUGAGCGUAAUUACCAUCACAGAAUCCUUGAGAUUCUUGAGCAGCUUGAAGGCGAGAUGAAAUCUGAAAGACAGAGGAUUGAAGCUCCUCCUCAGACACCAACCAUAGAGAAUGCACACCCACCUCCUUCAUACGAGGAAGCCAAUGGCGUCUAUGCUUCUCAGAUGCAUGAUGGAUCAACAGACAUCAUGGGAUACUUCCUAGGAGAGGUCUUGUUUCCAUAUCAAGCUGGAUCUAAUGCGGAGCUUAGCUUAUUGGUUGGAGAUUACGUUGUUAUCAGAAAGGUAACGAGCAGUGGAUGGGCAGAAGGAGAAUGCAAAGGCAAGGCUGGUUGGUUUCCUUAUGAUUACAUCGAGAGAAGGGACCGUGUCCUUGCCAGCAAGGUAACUGAGGUGUUUUAAUGGCUUUUCUCUUGGUUUUGUUCUCUGUCGGACACUGGUUCUGUCUCUGCUGAACCGGAGCUUGUGCCAUGGUUCUUGUCUAAGAAGAAGAAAACCCAUACCAUUUUCUGUUCUUCCCCGUGUAUUUUUUCCCCUUUUGUGCUGACAAAAUCUGAUACAACACCAGAACUGAACUCCAAAUGUUCUUUCUCAAUUUAUGAUAUGUGAAUACUUUACAUGCUCCAAA